CUUACAGCACACCACGGCAGUUUAGUUUUCCCCUCGCUGACUCUACCAAGAAGCUCGUCUACGAACUAAAUUAGCUCUUUCACUUUCUGGAAUUUCUCUCUGUUAUAGUAAAGACGCAGACAUACUUUACGAUUACAGGGGAAAGGCCCACUAGGCGAGGACCAUAAGCAUGAUUCAGCUACAGAUAUUAUCAUACCCUACUGUCUUACUCUAGAGAGCAACGUAUGACAAGUUAAGGAAUUUGGCUGUAUAAGAAUUAUUAACCUUAGCAGCACAAAACGGGGUAUACCCCAGCAAAAAGUGCAUUACGCCUUCAUAAAGCGAUUACUGCAUAGUUGGGGUGAGACUUAGAGAAAUUGAAGUCAUAUUUGAAGGGCUUUGUUUGAUUGUAUGGAAUAUCAUAAAAGGCUUCACAAAACUUAAGUAUCAGAGGUCAUUUCACAAUAAACUUGUUGACCCCAUAGACAAAGACGCCCAAGACAAAGCAUUGGACCAAGAAAUCAAUAGAUGCGAUUACUUUCUACAUUGUUCUCUGUUUGUGAACAACAAUUCCAUUAUCCUACUAGCAGCCUCUUAUUUAACAAUCUAGAAAUCCAAGGAAAUAGGAGUUUUAGGGGGUGCUCAAACCUCAGACGACAACAUUUCACUCUAAUCUCAUAUUGCAACUCUAGAGUGAAAUAGCCCGUCUCUUAAUAAUCAGACUUACGUAAAAAUACCUAAAUAUGUGUAGAGGAAAUCAAACAAAGAUGGCCUGCGGCCACGUCUUAACUCACUACACGCAGCGCUGCAAGAAAGGUCAACAGAAGCCAUGCCCAAAUCCAAAAUCCGACGCCCCCCGCCAGCAUCUCAACGAUUCGUGUGUCGAGUGUGAUUCGGAUUUCAAGAAAAAUCAGCUCAGCCGCGAGCAUAAAAGCCGUCAUGAAGAGCUCGUCGCGCAGCUGAUAGCGGACAAACGUGUCAACGAAUCGAAGGAGGCCCGGAGGCUGCUCGAGUGCAUGCAAAAGAUGAGCAAUACUGUGAAUCGAGAGAUCGGCGAAGUGAAGACCACGGGCUUUUCUGCGGACGUUGAGUUCCCGGGCGGCGGUAACCACAGGAUGUCGCCGAAAAUUACGAGCAAGUGGAUAAACGGUAAGUGUGUGUGGGGAGAAGAAGAGUGGAACAGGUCGGGGAGUAGUCGAAUCAAGAAGAUAGCUCCCGCCACGUCUACUACGGCGGCUAUCGUCGAAACCCCGACCGAAAACCCGAUCUCGGGCCCGCCGCGGCUGCGUACAACUAAAAAGGAGUAUUUUAACCGGCUUCCAGAAGAAGAAAAGGAACAGCCCAAGAUCUCUGGACCCCCUCGACUUCGCACCAACAAACCGUAUUCCGGUCCGCGGGAGAAUGUAGUGGUAUUCGAUGAGCAAGUAGAAAAGCCCCAUCUCCGACGGACUAGCAAAGUUGCUAACGGACUAAAUCUCGGCCAAUUUUCAGAUCAAAGAUCUGAUGUUACCGUGAAGUACGCAGGAGAAGAGCAGAACAGUCGGCCUUCGACCUCGAAUAGCCAAUCUUCGGGAUUACGUGCUGUUCCGACUAGAUCAAAUGUACGCGUCCCGUUGGAUGACGACGGCGACUCAGAUGAAGACAUGUGGUUACAAUUAGCCGAGAAACGCAAACCUGUCAAUGUCAUAGGUAAGGGGCCCCUUCGUAGUUUUAAAGACCGGAUAUCGUCGGCGUAGUUGAUAGAAUAGCAGAAUACAUAAAUGAAUUUUGUGCUUCUCAUGAUCAUGCAA